AUGUUUCCACCGUCCCAAGGUCUUCAAUUAGAUAUUGAUGCAAUUAGCCAAAUAUGCGGUUCCGUCUCGAUAGCAUGUUGGAUAGUUGUCUUCUCACCACAAAUCAUUGAGAACUGGAAAAGGAGCUCAGCAGAGGGUCUAUCCGUUGUCUUCAUUACGAUAUGGCUUCUCGGGGACUUCUUCAAUAUCAUUGGGGCCGUUCUUCAGGGCGUCUUACCGACUAUGAUCAUCCUUGCAGUGUACUACACUCUUGCUGAUAUCGUCCUUCUCCUACAAUGUUUCUGGUACAAUGGCUUCACGCUGAAGGAUAAAGUUUCCACCUCAGAGAACGGGAAUGGUAACGGACAGUCGAGCGAACCAACAGAACGUUCUGCACUUCUCUCUGGAAACACCGAUACCAACGGCCAUGCCACACCACCACGCAUCGCAGACGCAGAUAGACGCCAUUCUCAAGGCUCCUUCCGAGAGCGCAUACUUUCUGUCGACGGCACGCACCUUUCUCCCGUUACGCCCCUUCUCCCCGACUCAUACGACGGCGCGGAGACGCAACCUCAACCACCACCAACCCCACAAUCAACUCUCAAGACCAUCAUCUUCAACUUCGCCAUCGUCGUCCUUGUAUGUGCUUCGGGAGUGCUAGGCUGGUACCUCAGCGCUAAACCGCCGUCCCGACACCCAGCUCCCUCGCGGCCAGAAUUCAACACGUGGGGCCAGGUCUCCGGAUAUGUCUGCGCGGUCCUGUAUCUCGGAUCGCGUGUGCCUCAGCUGCUCCUCAACUAUCGCCGGAAAUCUACCGAGGGCAUCUCAAUGCUCUUCUUCCUAUUUGCAUGCAUUGGUAAUCUGACAUAUGUCCUUUCCAUUGUAGCUUAUAAGCCCGUGUGUGGGGGUCAUAAGGGACAUUGCGCACCUGGGGAAGUGCGCAGUAUCUACGGAAGGUAUAUCGCUGUCAAUUUUUCGUGGUUGUUGGGCAGUUUUGGAACGCUUUUGUUGGAUGCGGCGGUCUUUAUUCAGUACUUCAUGUACAGGAAGGACGAUGAUGAGAGUGACGAAGAAGAUGCUCAAAUAUAA